GAAAAAAAGAUACCUUCCUCUAUCUUUCUCUCUUCAACUUUUAUACGGACACUUUAUUUUCUCUCUUCAACUUCACCAAAAAUGAAGCAAAAGAUAGUGAUUCGAGUGUGGAUGAAGAGGGGACCUAAGUAUCGCAGCAAAGCUUUGAAGAUUGCAGCAUCUGUCAAAGGAAACGUUGAAACAAUUAGCUUGGUAGGGGACGAUAAAGAUAAAGUCGAAGUAGUUGGAGAUCUUGAUCCGAUAGAACUCACAGAACUGCUGCGGAAGGGUUUCGGUUCUGCACUAUUGGAAUCAGUGAGUGUUGUGGAAGGCGAAGACAAAGACAAAAAUAAAGACAAUGAUAAAGAACUUGGUAUAACGGGGACAUAUUCGUGGGGCGUGCCUUAUCCAUCAUCUCAAUGCUAUUGCUACUUUGGUCGUCCUUACCCUUCCUAUACCAUACGUUGAUUUAUGCUUGAUGGGGCAAAUUUAUAGUCAUCAAUACAAAUGUGAUGAAUAUAUACACAUGUAUUAUUACACUUUUCUCUUUUAUAGUUUGUUUGAAAA